GACUGAGAAGCCACCUUCCUGAUCUAACAAGAGCAUGAAAUGCACAAGGUCAAACUGGAAGUGUGAACUCACCAAGUACCACUGGGACCCAGGGCCUUGUGCUCCUGCCUGAGAUAACUACUGUAUUAGUGUGGCCAAGGAGAUCUCUGCAGGGAAUCUGCUAGUGGAGAUGCAGAGAUGACAAUCCUCCAUGUUCUGAUUCAGGAGGGGACCCGGACACAAACCAGAAUCCAAUCAUCAGAGCCUUGACCAAAUGUUUAUUAUGAUUUCUUGGGAAAAGGUUGGGAAACAAAUUUGUUUACAUGCACUCAUGAAUAUGGCGUUGCUCAGGGGUCUAAGGUUACAAACACUGGCAAAUCUACCCAAAGUACUGACUCAGGGAAAUCCAUGUUUAGAAUUCAACAUGAUAAGAUGGGACAGAGGGUUUCAACUCUGGAUACCCUGUUCAGCCAUUCAGAUUUCAAUUGCAAAACUCACCUGAAGCCUACCUUAAAGAGCCCCACGAGCUGGGCAGUCCCUGCAGCUCCACACACUGACCCAUCCUGGGCCUUGUUCCCCACAGAAUGGGCCUGCUCCUACCCCUGGGGCUCUGCACCCUGGCCCUGUGCUGUGGGGCUGUGUCUCUGCCCCAGCAGGCCCUGGGCCCCUCGCCUCUGCUCUCCCGGGGCUGCAAUGACUCAGGUGUGCUGGCAGUCACGGGCUUUGCCCUGCAGGACAUCAACAGAGACAGAAAGGAUGGCUAUGUGCUGAGCCUCAACCGAGUGCACAAUGCCUGGGAACACAGACAGGAUGACCUGGGGUCUCUGUUCUAUCUCACACUGGAUGUGUUAGAGACUGACUGCCAUGUGCUCAGCAAGAAGGCAUGGAGGGACUGUAGGGUGAGGAGCUUGCAUGGAUUGGUGAGUGCUUGUUUUCAUAAACUGGUAAGGGCUCUGGGAAAGCAACCAGGUGCCUUCUUUCUGCAGGGGGAGAUUGCUCAAGGUCUGCCAUCUUUUACAAGUCCCUCUUUAUAG